AUGCAGAGACAUAAAAUGGAAUAUAUGUUACUGAUUAUACUAUUUUUAAAUUUUGUGUCUUCUUCACUGGCUGAGGAUGUUAAUAACAAACUUAAGACAGCACCAGAAAGCAGAGAUUUUGAAGAAUUGAAAGAGUACGUGGCUACAAGUAUAACACAUAUGGCCGCAAAACAUGCUAAUGACAUGCAAGGACUCAAGAACUUAAUCGAUACCCAUGGAAGGCAAAUACAAACACUUCAGUCGGAUAACUUAGCAUAUGUUUCUAUCAUACGUGAACUGAAGAAAGAAAUCGAAGAAAUGAAAACAAAUGGCGUUAAAGUCGAAUGUGAUACCAAUUCAAAUAAGAGGAAGUCAACUGAAGAAUCAGUUAUUGCAGCCAAUACUGUUGACCAACGGAGAUCGGAAUCAGCGCAAAAUCUAAGAUCUUCUACCUUAAAGGAACGCAGAGGUCAUCAAAACCGUAUACGAAGAUCAAUCGUUGGGACAAAUGUAGCCUUCUUUGCUUCGAUGACAGGUUAUAUUCAGCAUUUAGGAAUCAAUCAGGAUAUUGUGUUUGACCACGCUGUCACAAAUAUUGGCAAUGCAUAUAACCAGCACCAUGGGACGUUUGUGGCACCAGUCGGCGGGACGUACGUAUUCUCUGUGACAUUAUUGCAGUUUGGUGAAAAUACUUGGGGACAUUUUGUGGUGAAUAGGGCAGUCGUGGCAAAGUUACUGUUAAAAGAUGGACAGAGUGCGUCACAGACUAUUGUUGUUAACCUUAGCACAGGCGAUGACGUCUCCGUUCAAAAUACAGGAACAGACAGAGGGUUUCAUGGAGAUCGAUACUGUACAUUCAGCGGGUUUCUGUUGAAUGAAGAUCUUUCGGACACUCAAAUUGUUGGUUAAAUGCUCACAGAUCUUGAAACAGAAUGUUUAAUUUUAAAUAAAUGACAGGCAUAGAAAAAGUA